AUGGCUUUGGGCGUUCCCAGACAAGCUAUGGCUCCAGCUCGACUGAUCAUGCCAAUGAAGGCUGAACGCCCCACAGACGGGUUGCGAAGGAUUGCGCUGCAGUAUACACAUGAGGACCUCAGCCAAGCCACGCAGAACUGGAGCAAGAGCCGGCAGCUGGGCUCGGGCUCCUACGGCGCCGUUUUUAAAGGCGAGAUGAAGGAUGGAACCCAAGUUGCCAUUAAGAUGAUUGAUCUUGGUGCAUUGAAAAACUCUGGCCAGACCGAGGAUAUGGCUGGCUUUGACCAGGAGGUAGCAACGUUGAGCAAGUUUCGACAUCCGAACCUGGUCACCUUGAUCGGAUGGGGUAAACACUAUCAUUUGCCGCAUCGCUACCUGGUUUAUGAGCUGAUGACGGGAGGGGAUAUCUAUGAUCGAUUGAUGAAAAGCAAGAGACGCCAAAAUCCAAUUACUUUCCAUUGGUAUGAGCGUUUGAGCGCCCUGUCGGAUGCGGCCUCGGGCUUGUCCCACAUGCACAAUUCGAAUCCAGAGGCUUUUCAUCGAGACAUCAAGAGUGCCAAUAUUUUGCUGGAUAGGCAUGGUACGGCCAAGAUGGCUGACUUUGGCCUGAGCAUCACGUCUUCAGCAGCCGCAAAGAGCUUGAAGGUGGAUACGAUCAGUGGCACGCCUGGAUAUGCAUGCCCGAUCUAUGCUCGCACGGGGCAGGUCACGGAGUUCAGCGAGGUGUACUCUUUCGGCAUGGUGAUUCUGGAAGUUCUCACAGCAAUUCCACCGGCGAUGGCGGACAGUGGAAAGCCAGGUGGUAUUGGAUAUCCGAUUGAAGACAGGAUCAAGCCGGGUGCAGAUGGAGCCCUUGAGCGAUGCGUCCAGAACUUGGAUUACACAGCAGCCUGGCCUUGCGGUCUAGCAGAGGAGCUGAGCAAGUUGGGCAUUCGCUGUGUAAAUGCGCAGGAUGAGACCAAACGGCCACGCUUCGUGGAGGUCGUGCGAACCUUGCGCAAGAUGCAAGACGACUAUCCCAAAAUGCAGCAGACACCGGCAUUGCCAUUGGGUCCUCCUUGCGGCUAUCCCACAAUUCUGGAAUCAAUGGGCUCGUCACAGUCAGCGAUCGAUUCUGCACCUUACAUGCUGGAGCUCGUGCGGGCUGAUGAUGUGGAGGUCGAGCGUUUGCCUGCACGUCGCCGACGGCUACAUCUUUGUCCAACUUGGGAUAAGGCAACUGGACGGUUUACCGCGCCGGUUGGACGCCAGCACCAAUCUGAUCUCUUUGAAAGCUGGCUGCCCAAUGAGGAGCUCCGCAGCUGCAUCUCGCGGCUAGCUUUCGAGGUGAGCUGGACCCCAUCAGGAAAUGUGCAGAUCAUUGCCAAGGGCAACAACCCGGUGACCUUGAACAAUCAAAUCCUUACUCGGCACCAAGCUGUACAGUUGAGCAUCGGAUCGGAGGUGGGGUUCCCUUACUCUCAGACAGGAGAGUUGGCACUCUUUUUGCAGCUGCGCCUCGCACGGGCAACACUGGAAUCUGUCACGAAUGCUGCAGCUGUAGCCCCCACAGAGAUCCUGGACUUUAAAGAAGUGGACGAUUUGAUUUCCGGGAGCUGGGUCCUACGGUGCUCUUUUGUAGAGGGUUUCACUGAAGACGAGCUCUUGGAUUUGCCAUCAGCGGUGACUGAAUUUAAGGUAGACAAGAGUGAGGUGCUGGUCAUAGGUCGCCAACAUCAAGCAAAGGAGUUUGAACAGCUCUUGUCCAAGGCUUCUGCGUGCAUGAGCUUCAUCUCACGGGCACAUGUGCAGCUGGAGGUGCAGAAGGAUGCGCUGCUGGCCACCAACAUAAGUAGCAACCCUGUCUAUGUAGAUGGAAAGCCACUGUCUAAAGGCGAAUCGAGAAGAUUGCGCCCUAAUCAGGUAAUUAGCUUUGCAAAACUGGACGGGAGCACGCAUGUGCUCUUCAUGUCAUUUGAGGCCUUCGUCGUUGAUCGAUCCGCAGCAAAGACCAAAGCGGUCAGAUGA